AAAUGAUUUAUCAUCACUAAUACCACAAUUCAAGAAACCAUGUCUUCCUCUUCCGCCACCACCAAAGGAAAACACAUAGCCCCUGGAUCGUCCUCCUCGUCAUCGUCCAGAUCCUUUCCUUCCGAUCAUCAUCUUCCUCAGCCUCAGCCUCAGCCUCUGAGUCGCUACGAGUCUCAGAAACGACGAGAUUGGAACACUUUCGGACAGUACCUUCGCAACCAGAGGCCUCCGGUGGCUCUUUCACACUGUAAUUUCAACCAUGUCCUCGACUUCCUCCGCUACCUUGACCAGUUCGGCAAGACUAAGGUCCACAUCCAAGGUUGUCUUUUCUUCGGACAAUCCGAACCUCCUGGUCCCUGCACUUGCCCUCUCAGACAAGCCUGGGGCAGCCUUGAUGCCCUCAUCGGCCGCCUCCGAGCCGCCUAUGAGGAAAACGGUGGCUUGCCCGAGACCAAUCCUUUUGCCAGCGGAGCCAUAAGAGUUUACCUUCGUGAGGUGAGGGAUUCUCAGGCCAAGGCCAGAGGUAUCCCUUAUAAGAAGAAGAAGAAGAAGAGGCCUCUCUUGAUGAAGCCACAGUUCAACGGUGAAACCUCAAGUAACAACUUGCCUAUGCAGUGAAAAGAAUUUGAGAAAGCUUAUAUGGGACGCCCCUAUAAUCUGAGUCAUGAAUCAGUACUUGUGCCAGGCCCUCGUUUUUGGCAUUAAAUGACUCUAGCAAUGUCCUUUGGAUCAGCUUAAAACGCUUCACUAGCUAAUGGUACUUUUUUAAGUGUCCAGGAUUACUGUAUUAUUUGAUAUUUGGAAUGGGAAUUUAGAAGUAUUGACAAAGAAUUUGACAUAUAUAUAUGGGGUAAGUCCUUCUA